AUGACUUAUGAGGAUGAGGAUGGGAGUAUUAGGUUGCUUCCUGGGUACAAGUUUGAUCCCACUGAUGAGAUUUUUGUGAAUUUUUAUUUGAGGAGGAGGGUCUUUCACCAACCUCUUUCCGUUCAAAUCAUACCAGAUUUUGAUGUGUUUCAGACUGAGCCUUGGGAUCUUCCAGGAGGAGAUGGAAAGAUUUUUAAUGAGCGCAAGUGCUUCUUCCUCAACACCAUAGGUCGUGACCUAGAAAACCUUGACAUUAGAGUUACUGGAAAUGGUCAAUGGAGAGUUAUAGAGAAAGGAAAAGAUGUUCCUAUCCCUCGAAACAAUGAGGUGAUUGGAAAGAGGAACACCUUGAAUUUCUGGGAAGUGCAAGGAGGUUGUUGUAUGAGGACCAAAUGGGUGAUGCAUGAGUUCUGCCUUGCCUUAAUAGCUAACUCAUCUAAGAUGUCAAAUUGGGUUGUAUACCAAAUCUUUCAAAAUAAGGAUACAAAGAAGGUGAAGAAUGAAAGAGGGUUGAAUGAAGAAAAAACCAAUGCUAAGAGUGCUGAAGUCAUUCAUUUCAAUACUGAGAGUGGCAGUUUCUAA